UCCCCGCCCCUUUUCUGUGUGAAAACAAAGUACUGGCCCUUUAAGAGGGGGAUCUAAACUGGUUCGGCUCUAGCAAGGGUAUUGAUACGCGGCUCUAUUUUAUUUAUUGUAAAUAAAGGGUACAAAGUGUUAUUGCAAAGAAAUACAUAACCGCUAAUGCGCAGCACUAACAAUCGUUUACGUAUAAAUGAAUCAGAAUUUGUGAUCCAGUGUCCAGAUGGUUUGGUCUUUCUCCGUAAUUGACUCGGUAAGCCUUCCGGGCUCCUGAUCAAGAAGUUUUUCAGGUGGUAGGUGUUCCGGCCUUCUUCAACAAUCUGCCCGCCGUUCAUUCCACGAUUCCGCAAACAAACCAAUAACCAGCCAGAACAAAUCAGACCAGAAUGGAGGACAAACGCAAGCGGAGGAGCCCCCAGGUGUCCCUCCCCCAGCCCCCGCCGCCCCCCAUAAACCCCCGCAAGCUCCCCCCGCUGCCGGCCAGCAAAAGUGCCACCUUCUCUCUGGGUCUGCCUCAGCCGCCCUCCCCCAAGAACCGAGGGAAGUACAAGAGGUCCAUUGGAGCGCCGGGACCGCCCAGAGAGGUUCUGGCCACGGUCGCAGCGCCCCCCAAAGUCACCCGGCCCCCAAAGGAGAAGUCGCGGGCCCCCCAGCCGGCAGGGCCCAGCAAGGUGGUCCAGUCGUCCCCCCUGCAGCACUCGUUCCUCACAGACGUGUCGGACGUGCGGGAGAUGGAGGGCGGGCUCCUGAACCUCCUCAACGACUUCCACUCAGGCAAACUGCAGGCCUUCGGCAAGGUGUGCUCCUUUGAGCAGCUGGAGCACGUGCGUGAGAUGCAGGAGAAGCUGGCGCGGCUGCACUUCAGCCUCGACAGCCACGUGGAGGAGCUGUCCGAGGACCAGAGGAAGAGCGCCUCGGACAACAACCUGGAGCACCUGCUCUGCAACCUGGAAGAACUCAGCACAUCAAUACAAAAGCUUCACCUGGCUGAGAACCAAGACAUGCCCAAGUCGUCCGGUCCCUGACCAACUCGGCGUUGACGAUGUGCGACCCAACACCUCUGUUCCUGCUGACGCGGUCAAACAUCAAACCGGUGCCCCCUUGCUAUGACGUUUGAUGCCUCAGCAAACAAAGCAAAGCGUCGAAAAGCUAAAGGAAGCAGUAUCUUCUAUUGAACGGUAGAUGAUGAAAAAUGUAUUGCAUGUAGCAAGCGUUAGAUAAAGUGUAAACCAAAAGCCUAUAUUCCAUUUACAGCACAAUACCAUUUUCUUUUAUUUCACUGGUGUGUAAGAAACUUAUAUUUAAAAGAGAUGUGUUUGUUAUUUAUUUGGUUAUAAUUUCUUCAUAUUAUAACACCACCACAUCCAUGGACCCUUUUCUACAGUAUGAGACCCAUAGUUAGUGUUGUGAGCGUACCAACUCUGUGUAAAGGGUUUAGUGGGUCAUUGUAGUGAGGUAAUUUUCGGGUAAAGCAUUAUUGGAAACACAAUUGAAUCAUAGCAACUGAAAGUAGCAAAAAGGUGUUCGUGUUGUCACAAAACAAUAUAGGACAUAUCAGGAUUUUUAGGAAUUUGGCCACUACUCUACCCUCCCCAAUGAGGUUUUUUAAAUAUCUUGCUAUAAAUGUAACAGGUUCAGACCACAGACGUUGACAAAAAAGUUUAUAUUUGAUGAUUUUGUGCAGGAUGUGCGAAACAGACAUUCAUAUUAAUUUAUAUUCAAUGUGCAUUGUUGCAACUGUAUUUUUAUUAGUUGGUUUUGAUAUGAAUGACUGGAAAAUUGUUUGUAGGCGAUCUGUGAAACGCUUCAGGCUUCGUUAGAGCUUUGGUGGCAGAACCCCUUAAAGCACAAGCUAUUCCACAACCUGUUACUGCAAUGCUGCAAACCAACUACUGUUAAGCCAUGACCAAUGGGUUACUCACAGGGGGAUUCUCCCUGAUCCACAUCUCCAUCCGGACGGAGCCACUGUGCACCACAAGUGGGCAUUCAUCUGUCAUUUUCAGUGUGGCAGCUAUCUUGAGAAGUUUCUGUUUGAAAUAUAUUCCACCUUUGUUCCUGGAAAAAGUAAUGCACCAUAGCCAUGUUAUAUGAGUAAUAGGCAUUCAAGAAAGACAUUGAGUUGAUAAUGUUUGAACAGAACUGCAAGCAAAAUCUUCCUGGCUAUUUACACAUCUCAUGUUAUGGUGGUUCAGAGCGCCUGCGAAGCCUACCUCUUCUUGCAGAAACCUGAGCCUGUGUACAUGGUGACUAAUGGUUACAAAGGCUAUCCAGGAUGCUGGGAUUCUCCAUCGUCUCACUUUUGCAUUGCAAUGUCUUUUGUUCCCUAUUUAAAUAUUAACCUUCCCCCAUGUAUGGCUUUGUUGCGUCUGUGAGCUUAUUACGUCACAUAAAAGAAAAAUAGAUUUCGGAUUGGAAUAAGCCUUCGAUGAUGCAUUUUGCACCUGUGCACACAAAAAUAAAAGGGAAUAAAGCUCAAAAUGUUUAA